GGACUCAGCUCUUAGUAGGCGGCGAGGGGCGGCGGAGGGACCCCCACGAUGAGACGCGACGUGACUAGAGAGACUGUACGGCCCUGUACCGUCUCUCUAGGUGUGAUGUCGUGGUUCAUUUUCACCCCCCUCGUUUGAAGCGCGCGCCCCGCUGUCCAUCCCUUGCGUGACAGCCAAUCAGAAACGAGGAUACACUGCACCCAUCGCACCCCCACUCCCGCAGUGCAAUAAUGUAUUUAUCCACAUCGCGCGGAGGGGAAAUUGCAAAUGAUAUUAAAAAAUUGUAAAAUUCCAUUAUCUCAGCAAGUGCAUCAUUUGAGGAGGAGCAGAUAUUGUGGCCCUCACCUCAUUUCUCGAAGAUCGGAUUUGCCUGGCCUGAAAGAUGGCAAACUACUCUCCUCAACAUCGCAACGAGAGUCCAGGUGCUACAGGUCAUUGGCAACAAUCUGUCAACCACCUACAGUCUGCUGAAGGGUCCAUUCAAUAUGCUCGGAGCCAGAAUGAUGCGAGCAACAACACUAAUGGUACUUCCAAUGGUACUUCGUUCCAACGACAAGAGCAGCCUGGAUCUGUGAUCACGCGUAUGACUCCUUACACGACUCCUUGGAACUACAGUGCAGAGCACAUUCGUAUUCCAGCUGCUCCUGUCCCUGCCCCUGGCCCAGAGCCUAUUGGUUACACUAAUCAACAAGCAUACCCUCCGGGUCAAGCUGCUCCAGCACGAAUUUGGAAUGCUGUGAAAGAUGAACCAGAAGAUUUGACAGGACGCCAUACUGGAAAUGAUAAACAAAAUGAUGCCCAAACAAAUACUAAUGAUUCGGAUAGUGAUAAUGACAGCGAUCUCUGCAUUGAUGAACAACAGCGAGCCGGAACUCUCCCUCGAAAAAGAAAGGGUGGAGUCUCUGCCUCUGUUAUGAAUGGUGUAACUCCAGCAGAGUUACAGAAACGUCCAGGAUUGAUACCCCUUACAUCUAACUUGGCUGGGCCAGUGCAAGUUAUGACAGCCAAGGAUGGUGCCAAAUUAUACUCAUGCCCAGAAUGCAACCUGUUCUAUGCAGAUCACCUUGCUUUUGAAAUCCAUCUUCAAGCUCAUGGUGUUUCAUUGGGCAAACGACAUGUGUGCAAGGAGUGUGGUACCAGCUUCCGACGUAGAGAACAUCUUGAUGCUCAUAUGACUGCUCACAGUCAAGACAGACCUUUCUCCUGUGAAACAUGUGGGCGUGCUUUUAAGAGGAAUGAGCAUUUGACAAGACACAGAGUUUUGCACUCAGGGGACAAGCAACAUGUUUGUGCUGACUGUGGUAAGUCUUUCUUCCGUAAAGAUCACCUGAUGAAGCACUCCCAGACCCACAUGUUGCGGAAGAUGAAUUCAGGUGAAGGCUGACAGAAGCCCUUGGAGGAAGGAUUACACUUCCUCCUCAAAGUGUAAUCUCAAACAACUGCUUGCAACGAAACAU